AUGUGUCAGAAGAAAAUUGCUUCUCGCAUGAUUGAAUGCCUAAGGAGUAACUUUAUAUAUGCCUCAUAUUUGAGUAAAGAAGAAAUUGCUUUCUCAGAUCCCACUCCUGAUGGAAAACUGUUUGCAACAGAGUACUGUGGCACUGGAGUCCUUACAGACUCCCAGAGCCCAGUCCCAAGAGUUGUCCACAUCCAGCUCCCAGUAGUGUUUGCCAGAGGAGAAGACCCAGGCUCCCCAUGCAGCAAAAUUGUCAGAUCUGUCAGAAUUCAAAGAUCCACGUCUAAACAUCAAACUUCUCACAUCCUCAAACAGCCUGAUAUUAGGGCCACACUCACCUCGGAAGUGAUUGAGCCUGUCCACCGGUCCUGUGAUGGGCCCUAUAGUGAGCUCUGGAUUCACAGGCUGGGGCAUGUGCAGCAGCACGGAUUCACUCCUGCAAGGAAUGUGGACUCUCUGGAUUUGUGGCUGCUGGGCUUUGAAGAGCCAGGAAUUACUUCUAAUCUGGAUAUCUACAGAGCUUCUAGACUGAGACCAUUCAUACUAGCCUUAAACGUGGAUUCAGACACCCUGCGAGUCUUCCAGAAUGAGCUCAUUUGCUGCAUUUGCGUGAACUACUUCAUAGACCCGGUCACCACUGACUGUGGGCACUGCUUUUGCAGGCCCUGCCUCUGCCUCUGCUCAGAAGAAGGCAGAGCACCAAUGCGCUGCCCUUUGUGCAGAAAAAUCUCAGAGAAGCCCAACUUCCACACCAAUGUGGCACUCAAAAAGCUGGCUUCCCUAGCCAGACGGACCAGACCUCAGAACAUCAACAGCUCAGACAAUAUCUGUGUGCUCCAUGAGGAGACUAAGGAGCUCUUCUGUGAGGCUGACAAGAGAUUGCUCUGUGGGCCCUGCUCUGAGUCACCAGAGCACAUGGCUCACAGCCACAGCCCAAUAGGAUGGGCUGCUGAGGAAUGCAGGGUACAAACAAAGGAAAUGGACUAUUUAUGGAAAAUCAAUCAAGAGACACAAAACAAUCUAAAUCAGGAAACUAGCAAAUUUUGUUCAUUAGUGGACUAUGUGUCAUUAAGGAAGGUGAUAAUCACUAUUCAGUAUCAAAAGAUGCAUAUAUUUCUCGAUAAGGAGGAGCAACGGCAUCUGCAGGCCCUGGAAAGAGAAGCAAAAGAGCUUUUCCAACAACUACAAGACAGUCAAGUGAGAAUGACCCAACAUUUAGACGGGAUGAAAGACAUGUACAGAGAGCUGUGGGAGACAUACCACAUGCCUGACGUGGAGCUGCUCCAGGAUGUGGGAAAUAUAUCGGCAAGAACUGAUUUGGCACAGAUGCCAAAGCCCCAGCCAGUGAACCCAGAGCUCACUUCAUGGUGCAUAACUGGAGUCCUAGACAUGCUCAACAACUUCAGAGUGGAUAAUGCUCUGAGUACAGAAAUGACUCCUUGCUAUAUAAGCCUUUCUGAGGAUGUGAGACGUGUGAUAUUUGGAGAUGACCAUCGCAGUGCACCCAUGGAUCCCCAAGGAGUGGAGAGCUUUGCUGUGUGGUGUGCGCAAGCAUUCACCUCCGGCAAGCAUUACUGGGAAGUGGAUGUGACCCACUCCUCUAACUGGAUUCUGGGAGUCUGUCGAGAUUCCAGGACAGCAGAUACCAAUAUAGUUAUUGAUUCUGACAAAACAUUUUUUUCAAUUUCUUCAAAGACGAGCAAUCACUAUAGUCUCUCCACCAAUUCUCCACCUUUAAUCCAGUAUGUGCAAAGGCCUCUGGGUUGGGUUGGGGUGUUUCUGGAUUAUGAUAAUGGAUCUGUGAGUUUUUUUGAUGUUUCUAAAGGUUCUCUUAUCUAUGGUUUUCCUCCUUCCUCCUUCUCUUCCCCUCUGAGGCCUUUCUUUUGCUUUGGUUGUACAUGA